CGCGAUGGAGCGGCCGCGGCCGCCCGGCAGGCUCUGCCCCGCUCGCCAGAGGGCAGUUUAAAAAAAUCUCGGCAUGUGAGACACGCGGGGCUCGAGCCUGGGCAGAGGGCACAGGAGCCGGUGCCGCCGCCGUCGGCUCUCCCCGGCGUCCGCGCCGGUGCCGGGACGUGAGCGGUCACAGGCUUGACAAGUUAGCGCUUCUUAGGCAGGUGACGAGGGCUCGGGGCGCGUGUGCGCGCGUCCCAGAACCCGGGACCCACUCGGUUCGGGGGACUUCAGAGCGAGGUUAGGGAAGUUCUUGAGGACUGACAACCCCGCGCUCUAAGGCCUUGACUUUUAAAUGACUUAAACGCCGAGAUACGUGUUCCCUAAUCGCCCAACGACUUAAAAAGUUAACGUUGCCACUGCGCGUUGAUAACACCGACCCUCAUAUUUGUGUAUUUUAAAAUGAGAUGGUCGAGAUGGAAGAUGAGUUAGGAGCCAUCUCAUUUAUGCAGCGCUUUCAUUUUCCCAAAUGUUUUCCAUGUCCUCGUUACAUGUGUUCAGUGUGACCAGAGCAACAUGAAAAAGCACCACUCCAGCCAGUAGCUCGGAGGAAACCAGUCGUGGGAGCGCAGCCCUUUCCUGGUGUGCUCCGUGCGUGCUCCGGCGCCCCACCACCGACCGGAGUUCAAAUCUAAACUGCCGCCUGGAAGUGAAGAGGACUCAUGCCUUAAGCACGAUUACUUUGAGUCAUUUCCUUUUCUUUUCUUCCAUUUUCUCAGAUGCUCAGCAGCCUUCAGUUUUGGGCCAGUGGUUGGUAAACUAACUCAAACGCUAAAUAAAAACUACCUGUGAGACACGCGAGCACAGAAGCGCAGCGAACAGCAGAACAGGCCCGCACGUGCCGCCAGGACGGGCCGAGCGGGGGCGCGGCUGCCGCGCCUCCCCCUGUCCCUGGGCAAAGGAGAAAGUAGGGAGCCCGGUGCCUGCUGAGCAGUCACCCCCCUUGCUGCGUGCCCCCAGCCACCACUCUGCUUUCCGUCUCUGGACUCUCCUGUUCUAGACGUGCCGUAGAAACGGUGUCCUGUGUGUUCUGAGACGGAGGCACCGAGGCUGAAUGGAAUUCAGCGUCAGGAAGAGCCCUCUUUCUGCUCCAAAGGUGGUGAAGUGCCUGAAGAUGAAGCAGGCCCCGGAAGUCCUGGGCAGCGCCAACGGGAAGACCCCGAGCUGCGACGUGAGUCGCGAGUGCUCCGUGUUCCUGAGCAAAGCCCAGCUCUCGGCCGGCCUGCAGGACGGGGUUGUGCAGAAGUUCAACGGCCACGACGCGCUGCCAUUCAUCCCGGCCGAGAGGCUGAAAGACCUCACCUCCCGCGUCUUCAAUGGAGAGCCUGGUGCUCAUGAUGCCAAACUGCGUUUUGAAUCCCAGGAAGUGAAGGGACUUGGGACCCCACCUCACACUACCCCUGUCAAAAAUGGCUCUCCAGAAAUUAAGCUGAAAAUCACCAAAACCUACAUGAAUGGGAAACCUCUCUUUGAGUCCUCCAUAUGUGGCGACGGUGCGGCCGCCGUGUCCCGUUUGGAAGCAGACGGACAGAGACCGGAGCACAAGGCCCGGAGGAGCCGCAAGAGAAGCGCACAGCGUGGCUCUUUGCUGGAGCACGGCCGCGGGGAGGCUGCCCUAGUGUCCAGGGUCUCCAGUCCUGUGGACAAAAAGAUUCCAGCUAAGAGAGAGUCCUGUCUGAACAGCAGCAGAGACGAAGGCCAGCCGUUGAGGUUCGGGGUCGGGGACCUGGUGUGGUCCAAGGUGUCCGGCUACCCGUGGUGGCCCUGCAUGGUCUCUGCCGACCCGCUCCUGCACAGCCACACCAGGCUGAAAGGUCAGAAAAAGAGUGCACGCCAGUAUCACGUACAGUUCUUUGGUGAUGCCCCAGAAAGAGCUUGGAUAUUUGAGAAGAGCCUUGUAGCUUUUGAAGGAGAAGGCCAGUUUGAAAAAUUAUGCCAGGAAAGUGCCAAGCAGGCGCCCACGAAAGCUGAGAAAAUCAAGCUGUUGAAGCCCAUUUCAGGGAAGUUGAGGGCCCAGUGGGAAAUGGGCCUCGUUCAGGCCGAGGCCGCCGCGCGCAUGGCGGUGGAGGAGCGGAGGGCCAAGUUCACGUUCCUCUACGUGGGGGACCAGCUCCACCUCAACCCCCAUGUGGCCAAGGAGGCGGGUGUGGCUGCGGAGUCGCUGGGAGAAGCGGCAGAGCCCUCAGGAGGCGGAGAAGAAGCUGCAGACAGCCCUAAGUCCUCGGGGGAGGAGGGCGCGCCUGUCAAGAGGAGACGGAGGGCCAAGCUGUCCAGCUCCACCGAGAACCUCCCUGGCGACCCGGGGCCGGGGCGGGCCACACCGCAGAAGGUGGCUGAGGCCGACCCCAGGAGGGGCGCGGGAUCCCCCCCCGGCAGGAAGAAGGCCACGGCCUCCACCCCGAGGAGUCGGAGGGGCGACGCGGCGUCCCGGUUCCUGGUCUUCUGUCAGAAGCACAGGGACGAGGUGGUCGCCGAGCACCCGGACGCCUCUGCCGAGGAGAUCGAGGAGCUGCUCGCCUCGCAGUGGAGCAUGCUCAACGAGAAGCAGAGGGCGCGCUAUCACACCAAGUUCGCACUCGCAGCCCCGCCCCCGUCCGAGGAAGACUCUGGUAACUUCAGUGGGAAGAGAAGGAGCCGCGCGAAGAGGACCCAGGGCCUGAGCGGAGACGCUGAGGCUGAGGAGGCCCCCAGGAAGAGGCUUAGGACCGACAGGCUCGGCCUGCGGAAGAGAGAGGCGAUCACUGAUAAAGCAGCCCGCACGAGCUCCUGCAAGGCCCUCGAGGCGGCGUCCUCGCUGAAGAGUCAGGCAGCCACGAAACACCUGUCUGACGCCUGCAAGCCCCUGAAGAAGCGCCACCGGGCCCCGGCAGCGGCCGCCGCCACCCUCACCUUCAGCAAAAGCUCGUCUCCUUCCGCCUCCUUAACUGAGCACGAGGUCUCGGACGGCCCCGGAGACGAGCCCCCGGAGUCCCCGGAUGAAAGCGCGGACGAAACCCAGACCGAGGCGUCCAUCUCCUCUAAGAGGUCUGAGCGCGGGGCCACCGCCAGGAAGGAGCACGUGUGCCAGCUGUGCGAGGAGCCGGGCAGCCUGGUGCUGUGCGAGGGUCCCUGCUGCGGCGCCUUCCACCUGGCCUGCCUAGGCCUCUCCCGCAGGCCGGAGGGGCGGCUCCUGUGCGGAGAGUGCACCUCAGGGACCCACUCGUGCUUCGUGUGUAAGGAGAGCAAGAGUGACGUCAAGCGCUGCGUGGUGUCACAGUGUGGGAAGUUCUACCACGAGGCCUGCGUGCGCAGGUUCCCCCUGACGGUGUUCGAGAGCCGGGGCUUCCGAUGCCCGCUUCACAGCUGCCUGAGUUGCCACGCCUCCAACCCCUCGAACCCAAGGCCCUCGAAAGGUAAGAUGCUGCGGUGUGUCCGGUGCCCCGUCGCCUACCACGGAGGGGAUGCGUGUCUGGCAGCGGGCUGCUCGGUGAUCGCGUCCAACAGCAUCAUCUGCACGAACCAUUUCACCGCCCGGAAGGGCAAGAGGCACCACGCGCACGUCAACGUGAGCUGGUGCUUCGUGUGCUCCAAAGGGGGGAGCCUGCUGUGCUGCGAGUCCUGCCCGGCGGCCUUCCACCCCGACUGCCUGAGCAUCGACAUGCCGGACGGCAGCUGGUUCUGCAACGACUGCAGGGCCGGGAAGAAGCUGCACUUCCAGGACAUCAUCUGGGUGAAGCUCGGGAACUACAGAUGGUGGCCGGCAGAAGUUUGCCAUCCCAAAAAUGUCCCCCCAAAUAUUCAGAAAAUGAAGCACGAGGUUGGAGAGUUCCCUGUGUUUUUCUUUGGGUCUAAAGAUUAUUACUGGACGCAUCAGGCGCGAGUGUUCCCGUACAUGGAGGGGGACCGGGGCAGCCGCUACCAGGGGGUCAGAGGGAUCGGAAGAGUCUUCAAAAACGCACUGCAAGAAGCUGAAGCCCGUUUCCGUGAAAUCAAACUUCAAAGGGAAGCCAGAGAGACGCAGGAGAGCGAGCGCAGGCCCCCGCCCUACAAGCACAUCAAGGUGAACAAGCCCUACGGGAAGGUGCAGGUCCACACGGCGGACAUCUCCGAGAUCCCGAAGUGCAACUGCAAGCCCACCGACGAGAACCCGUGCGGCUCGGAGUCGCAGUGUCUGAACCGCAUGCUCAUGUUCGAGUGCCACCCGCAAGUGUGCCCCGCGGGCGAGUCCUGCCAGAACCAGUGCUUCACCAAGCGCCAGUACCCCGAGACCAAGAUCGUCAGGACGGACGGCAAGGGCUGGGGCCUCGUGGCCAAGAGGGACAUCAGGAAGGGGGAGUUUGUGAACGAGUACGUGGGCGAGCUGAUCGACGAGGAGGAGUGCAUGGCGAGGAUCAAGCGUGCGCACGAGAACGACAUCACGCACUUCUACAUGCUCACCAUAGACAAGGACCGCAUCAUCGACGCCGGCCCCAAGGGGAAUUACUCCCGGUUCAUGAACCACAGCUGCCAGCCCAACUGUGAGACCCUCAAGUGGACGGUGAACGGGGACACGCGCGUGGGCCUGUUCGCCGUGUGUGACAUCCCCGCAGGGACAGAGCUGACCUUCAACUACAACCUCGACUGUCUGGGCAACGAGAAGACGGUGUGUCGCUGCGGAGCCUCCAACUGCAGCGGCUUCCUCGGCGACAGGCCGAAGACGUCAGCACCCCUGUCCUCGGAGGAGAAGGGCAAGAAGACCAAGAAAAAGGCCAGGAGGCGCCGCACGAAAGGCGAAGGGAAGAAGCCAUCCGAGGAUGAGUGCUUCCGCUGCGGGGACGGCGGCCAGUUGGUGCUGUGCGACCGCAAGUCCUGCACCAAGGCCUACCACCUGCCCUGCCUGGGCCUGGGCAAGCGGCCCUUCGGGAAGUGGGAGUGCCCUUGGCACCACUGCGACGUGUGCGGCAGGCCCUCCGCUGCCUUCUGCCAUUUCUGCCCCAACUCUUUCUGCAAGGAGCACCAGGACGCGGCGGCCUUCAGCUCCACCCAGGACGGGCGGCCGUGCUGCAGCGAGCACGACUUCCGGGCAGAGCCGCCUCGGAGCGCCAAGACCGAGGAGCCGUGCUCAGGGCCCGGCAAGGCGCGGGGGCGGCGGCGGCGGCGGCGGUGUUGGCGCAGGGUCAUGGAGGGCAAAUAGCGCCUGGCUGGGGCUGGGUCCGACCAGGGGUGGCUGCGGGCGGGCGGAGGACCGGGCCUGGCAGCGUCAGAGGACCCCGCCCCCGGCCCCUGGCCCCGGCAUAGACGCACAGGCCUCCCCAGGGGGGAGCGUCCCGCCACUGAGCCAUCUCAGCAGCGCCCGCUGCGCCCGCACUGACCGUCCGAACCACGUGGGCGCCCCGCGAGGCGCCAGCGUCCCAGGACAGACAGCCUCACUACACAGCGUCACAGCUACACUCGAACCUCAGCCCAUCCCUGCCCCGCUGUUCUAGGCCGAACUUAGGACUGAAGAUUAUUGGCACAUGAAAUGCAUUUCUCUCGCCCGGGUAGUGUUUCCCUGAGGGUCUCUCAUCCCCAGGCUUCACGACGUUGCCCGCCUCCCGCCCGCCAGCGUCACUCAGGAGAGGAGCCCAGGGUGGGGCCCGGCAAGGACCGGGACCCAGGAUGCCUUGGGAACGUGGUUUUGACUAUUGCGCUUAUGAAACAGCUGUAUGGUUUUUUUUUUUUUUUGUACUAAUGUGAAGUUUUUCCUCAAAGUGCUUCUUUUCCAUCCUAGUGAGAAGCCAGUAGUAUAGCGUGUGACCCCUGGAGUGGCUCCGGCUGUGGACCUGACCCCAUGGCAGGCCUGUGGCACAGGCCUGUGAGCGGUUCUCUGGGCCCUCGUGCGGAAGCGUUUGUGGAUGAUUUUGAUUGGUUUUUCUUUACCAGUUUCUGGCUUUUACUCUCAAUAUAUUUUUGCUAAACUUGUUUCACAAACUACCACCGACUGCAAUGCUUGUUUACUGAUGCGUCCCGAGUUCCCGCAGCUGCAGGACGGAGCGGCGGGUGUGGGCCCUGCUGGGGAGCCUGGGCUGCCCGGUACCCCCACUGGGCCUGGAGCUUGAGGGGAACCUGUGUCCAGACAGCUCUUUCGGGCUGAGGAGAGGCUGCCUGGGCGGGGGCAGUGGGAGCCGGGCUGGGUGGACAGGCUUGGUGGGGGCGCUCAAGCCGGGCUGCUGGGUGUGGGCACCUGGCCUUGCGACAGCCAGCCGAUACCCCGGGGCACCGCGUGGACCUGGGCCCGGGCACGAUGCCAGCAGGAGCCCCCUUGCCUGCCCGUCUCCGCGCGAGGGGAGCAGCCACUCAGCAGCUGCUGUUCUCUGACCCUUUCGCUGAAACCACCCAGACGACGAACAUCCUGCGGCUUACACACCUGCCCCAGAAAACCACGCCUGAGGCCCCGUUCGUCUCGCCAUGCCGCUGCACAAUUGCAGGGUGUGUGGUCCAGUGCUGAGCCGUCGGGGUUGGUGGGGGGCCUCUGUGGCCCUGACCCCUGGGAAGCAUCUGUUCUGGGUCAGAGGCUCCCGCGGCCUCCCGAGCACAGACUGGGGCGGGGGGCUGCUGACCCUUUUCUGGCGACUCUGGGACAAGUGACCAGGUGGGACCAAAGGCAAAGGCAGCUGUGUCCUCAGUGGCCCCGCCGUCUCUUGAGGGACCAGAGGCGUUUCCGUGCAGAGCUCGCUCGCUCUCAGACUCCGUCAGGAGAGUGCUGGGUGGACAUUGGUCGCCUCCUGAGGCCCUGAGCUUGGGGGGCCGGGCGCAGCCCUGCCCUGCAGAGCCAGGCCUGGGGAGCAGCCCCCAUCCUCUCCUGCCAGGGACGGCCCUCUGCCCUCCAGAGCACCGCUGCUGCUUCUGCAGUUGCUUUCCCACGUUGGGCGCAGGUUACCUUAUUUUUAUAUUUGACAGUAGUCAAGUUUUGUGAUCUUUGAGUCACUCUGAUAUUUCCAAAUUCUUUUAUGAUCUUUCUGAAGGAAAUACUGGAAAACUUACUUUAGAUGUGGUUGCCUUCUUUCCAAAAAUUAUCAUAAACUAAUGAGCAAAUAACACUAAGUUCUGAGAGUCUCUAAGAAGCCAGCUCACAGCUCUGAGUAGAACCUGGGCCUGGAGGAGCAGCGGAGAAGGGCCCUACCCGACGGGCCCCCAGCCUGCCUCCGUCACGGCCUCUGCCCCCAGUCGGAGGGACGCUGGACGUGGGGAAUUCGGUCUCUGAACCUCAGCCUCAGUCCUCGGUCGCUAACGUGAGGCCAAAACAAAAGGAAAGCUGCCCGAGGGCCUUGGGACUCAGCACGGGGGUGGACAGGCUCCCUGGGUGCCGACGGCCUCCUGGCCCCCAUCUCGUCCUCCCAGGGGAGGUGAGGUCGCCCCACCGCCAUCCCCAGGACCCCCCGACCAGCAAACGGCCACGUGUGUGCAGCCCCUUCUCCAGCCACUUCAUGUUUGGGAGUCAGACAAGACCGUUCUUAUCACUCAGUACAGAGACUGUCAGGUGCCCAGUUCUUGACCCUACGAGACGUGUAGCCGACGAGGACACGCUCACGUGCGACGCUGUCUGCGGGCGGCAUGGUGCCCACCGCCCCGCCGAGACGACUCCAGCAGCACCCGGGUGUCGGUGUCAGUCACCCGGAAGGGGGCCAGGCUCCAGCUCUGGGGCACCCGGUGCUACUGCCAGUUCUGACGUUUAAGAACUUGAACUUCACUUCUGGGGGAUAUACCGAAAUGUAGAUUUGCUGUUUGGGGGGAAAUAGCGUUUUAAGGUCAGAAAUUGUGUCUGGAAGAUUGUAUGAGUAUUUUUGUAUUAAAAAAAAUUUAAAGGCUUUUUUCUUAAACUUA